AUGUCUCACUCUCAAAUACAAACGGAGAACCGAGAACUACCCUUGAACCAGCCUGAAAACUGGCAGGUCAAGUUCCCUCGAUACAUGGUGGAGCUUCCCGAACAUGUCCAUGAUGUAAAUGUUUCCUAUAUUGGUAUUCAGCCCCGAUAUGAAGAUAACCCUGCCAGCGGACUACAUACCGAGCUGAAUACUCACGUCACUUCUACCGCUCAGAGGACGGCCGCUGCGAAAAUCGAGGAAUGGAUUCGACAGGGAGGUGGAGAACUGUCACCAAUUUUAUGGGAGAAGGUUUACGUGGAGGCUGGCUAUGAUGUUCCGGACACUGAAAUAUACAUUCUUUAUUGGAUUGAUAAAGACAUCGCCAAGGCUGCUAACAAGAGCUUGAGCCUGCAACAACUCCAUAAAACACUAUCUCCCUCUGAUCAAGAGGUAGUCGGCCUAUGGAGAGAAUCAUUCACAGUUCCCAAACAGAGAUUCGAAACAAUAUAUUCUGGAAACGACUAUCAGCCGGGCAUCGCUUCCCUUGAGGGCGCACACCAAGUCAGCCACAAGUUCACCGGCUAUUGGGGAGCAGCCCGCGAUAGAUUUCCAGCAUCAUCGCAUGAUCCUUUCGAGUCAGAGUACAAACUCAGCCCUCCAAACUUUGAGAAAGAUAGCAAAGGCCGCGUCAUUGAGGGGGAAAACAAGGUGUCCGUCCUUCACAUCCGGUCUGGCCAAUAUUGGGAGCGGUGCAAAGACGACGAGAGAGAAGCAUACGAAAACACCCUUGAGCCAGUAUUAAGAGCUGGGAUGACUUAUCUGGAGGAAAAUUCGGCGGAAUCAGGAGACAUUGGGCUGCGCUUCUCUCGGAAUUUGACCACAAAUCGGCUGCUUCAGGCAGAAGAGGCUCAACAGUUGGCUUCAUUGAACGGCAUUGGAAGCACAGUGGUGAAUGGACUGACAAACCUUGUCAAGAGUUAUGCUAAGUAUCUGAUUGGAACCAAUGGUGCAAAUGGCGUACACAAGGAAAAUGGAACGAACGGUACGAACGAAUUCAAUAAUAAGAAUGGUUCCGACCGCACCAACGGCAUACACCAGACCAACGGAGCAAAUGGAACGCACGAGACGCAUAGCUCUAAUAGCUCCAACAGCUCCAACGGCACAGACGCCACGAAUGUCAAUGGCUCCAAUGGUGUCUCCAAAGUAGACAAAUUCGGCCUCGUUGUGACAACGGAGCGACGGAGGCGCGAGACUUGUAGCAGUGGCUUCUUCCGAUCGCUCAAGGACAUCGAGACAUGGGCUUCCAAGCACAAGUCGCAUCACAAAAUCUUUCACGGAGCGCAUUCGCAUUCUCAACAGUUUGGCAAGGAGACGUUUAAGAUGCGCACGUGGCACGAGGUCUCGGCUUUGAAGCCGGGUGAGGUGACGUUUGAGUACAUUAAUUGUUAUCCAAGGACAGGCUUGAUUCCCUUUUUUGAAGUGUGA